AUAUCAGGGAUGCUUGACUAGCCGCGAGUUGGUCCCUGACUCCUCACCAAGAAGUUUCGAGUCAGUAUACUUGACCGCCAUACCAGCUACACAGGGCAGUCAAUAUGGCUUCGUCUAGGAUACCUCCUCUGUUGGAGCCGUACCUCGGCCUACCACCUGAGGCAUCUCUCAUCGUGCUCACAAGUGUGCUUGGCGCCAGUACAAACUGGCUGACUCAACGCUACCUGUGCUCGUUUUUGGCAACCACAAGUCGCAAUGCACCUGCUGAGAGCGAGGGCAGCAAUGGAUUAGCAGAGGGAGAUACAUGUGUGGUUCUUGUGAGCUUCAUGAGGGAUUUUGCAUUCUGGAAAGAGGGCAUGGGAAGACUCGGGCUUGAUUUGGACGGUCUGUCGAAGAAGCAGAAGUUCAAAUUUGUUGAUGGCCUGAGUGGCUUGUUUUCCGCAAGUUCGGGGCCGGGGAUCAAGUUGCCCCUUGCAGGGAAUUAUGGUCAGCAUAUUCUACGAGCCGCAAGUCUUGCUGAACUACAGCAAGUGGUGCAAGGGGCUCUUCAAACGUGCGCUACUCGCAAUAUAGUCCUGGUCCUUGAUAAUCCGGAUCUGCUGCUUGCAGCUUCCGGUAAUGAGGUUUCAGCGGAGGCUUUGAAGGAUACUCUCCUAAACCUUAGGGAGAAUGUUACAUCAACGGUCGUGACAUUAGCUGCGGAUGAGCCCCUGGUCUCAGCGCAAAGUACGUCAUUGGAGAAAGAUCACGCGGCAGUCACUUUAUCAUUGGCUCAUGAGGCGGAAAUGGUUGUCAGUUUGAGAUUGCUCGAUACGGGCACAGCACGAGACGUGAGUGGGGUGUUGAGAGUCACGCCCGGAGGUGAUGCCACAGGUUUCGUGACAGAGGAAAGAGAGCUGCUCUACUUCGUGGGUGGUGAUGGAGGAGUUCGAGUCUUCGAAAGGGGCCAAUAGCUCGCGGCAAAAGCAAUUACUGAGAUGCAGGAGAGCUCAUCAUAACCGCGAGAAUUGACAUUCGCUUCCUCACGGCCAAUGGGAUGCCUUAGACGUUACACGCUCAUCUUCGUUUCAUCGUCAAGAUUCGUAGGGAGGCCAGAGAUUCGUUCAU